AAAAUUGAGUGGAAAGAAGAGACAUCGAGUAUAAAAUCUGCUUUGCCCUCGGGUAAGCUAUGAUUCUGAAGCUUCGAUAAUCAAAUCUCUUUUCUUAAUCUACCCACUUCCUCCUACUUCGCCGCCAUGAAGCGUCCAACCGCAGCGAAGGCCCUAUUCAUGAGUUUUGGGGCUGCUGUCGCGCAAGACUACAACGCCCCGCCACCUGAUCUUUCAACGCUCCCGAGUCUUUCUCUUUUUGACACUUGGAGACCUCACAUCCACGUCCUCCCACCAGCAGGCCAGAUUGGAGACCCAUGUGCGCAUUACGUUGAUCCUGAGACAGGUCUCUUUCAUGUUGGCUAUCUCCACAACGGCACUGGCAUUGCAAGUGUCCAAACAGAUGACCUUGUUCACUAUUAUGAUGUGAAUGAGAACGGCAACUACUCAAUUGUUGCUGGUGGUCCCAAUGACCCCCUUGCAGUGUUUGAUGGCUCUGUCAUUCCCAAUGGUGUUGAUGGCAAACCAACACUCUUGUACACAGCAGUCUCAGCACUCCCAAUCCACUGGACCCUUCCCUACACCCGCGGAAGUGAGGCCCAAGCUUUGGCAGUCACCUAUGAUGGCGGGAAGAACUUCACUAAGCUGGAAAUUCCACCUGUUAUUCCUGAACCUCCUGCUGGGCUGGAUGUAACUUCCUUCCGUGACCCCUUUGUUUUCAAGAACGGAGAACUCGACCAAGCCCUCAACAGCGAUGAGGGAACGUGGUAUACUGCAAUCUCAGGUGGUAUUCAGGAUGUUGGCCCUGGUAUCUUUCUGUACCGCAAUCUGAGCCCUGAGACUUUUACAGAGUGGGAGUAUGUGGGAGAGUGGUUCAAUGCACCAGCCAACUCCACCUGGGGCAAUGGUGACUGGUCCAAGGUCAAUGGCUACAACUGGGAGACCGUCAAUGCAUUGAGUCUUGAUAGAGAAGGGUACAACGUUAAUGGAAAGACUUUUGUGACUUUUGGCGUGGAGGGGUCAUAUGCCCCGAUUCAGGAGUCUGUCACCUCCAUGCAUGCCAUGCUUUGGGCAUCAUCCGGUGGUGUGUCAGCCACUGAGGAUGGGGAUGCAGUUUUCAACCCUGAUAUGGUUGGUGUCCUUGACUGGGGCUUGUCGGCAUAUGCUGGUGCCGGAAAAGUUGUGCCGAGCACCGCUCAAGCUUCCUCUGGCAGUGGCGCUCCGGACCGCUUCCUCUCCUACAUCUGGCUGACUGGCGAUGUGUUUGGAGGAGUUGUGGGGUUCCCUGCUGAGCAGCAAGGCUGGCAGAACACAUUGCUGCUGCCGCGCGAGCUGUAUGUAAAGGACAUCCCGAACGUGGUGAACAACGACCUUGUCCAGGAGACUGGCUCAUGGCGUGUGGCUGAUGACUCUGGCGAAUGCGUUGAACUUGAGACCCUUGGAAUCGACAUUGCGCGGGAGACCUAUGACGCUAUUACUAGUGCUCCAGGCUUCGAUGAACCAGACAGGACGCUCACAUCCGAAGGCGUCAUCCCAUUUAACCGCUCCCCUGAAACGAGAUUUUUCUCUCUCGAGGCCCAAAUCUCCUUCCCAGCGUCAGCGCGAGAUUCUGCCUUGCAGUCUGGUUUCCAGAUCCUGGCCUCGGAGGAAGAGUCAACUACCAUCUACUACCAAUUUUCGAACGAAUCUAUCAUCAUCGACCGCUACAACACCAGUGCUGCUGCGGAGACGACCAGUGGCAUUGACGCGUCCCCCGAGUCCGGACGCCUGCGCCUCUUUGACAUCGACGACAGCUGCGCUAGCAAAGGCAGCAACGGCGAUAAGGACAACGGUCACCACGAUCACGGCCACGGUGGCAAGUUCAAGCACAACAAGGGGCCUGCUCUUCACAGCAAAGAAGGCAAGCGACAGGUCGGCGAAUCCAACGGUGAGCACAUUGAGACUCUGGACCUUACUAUUACCGUCGACAACUCUGUUCUCGAGAUUUACGCCAAUGGACGCUUUGCGCUGUCUACUUAUGUUCGUCCUUGGUAUGCCAACUCGACCGAUAUUCGCUUCUUCCACAACGGCGAAGGCGAGGUCUCGUUCAGCAACAUUCGCGUUGCGGACGGCUUGUACGAUGCGUACCCGGAGAGAGCGCGGUAAACGAAUUCUUGGACGUUUGGUAUCGUCUCACGUCUAUUUUUCGUACUGUUCUCCCGCGUCUUGCGAGAGAAGCGAGAGCUGAGCAUUACCGUUUUGUGUCUGGGGGCCAUUGCGAUAUGGGGUGGGUAAUGACGGUACUCCGUUAACUUAGUUAGAUCAAUGCCAUGUUGAAGUUUAUUGAAUGAAACGCUCCCUAAAGGUGCAUUUUGAUCUAUUUGCGUACGAUUGGACCUGGAACUAGAGUCGCUUGCUGGCAAAAGCCUGCUUCUUCCUUUUCGUUCGCAUUUUCCAUGGAAGUACCCAUUUCCGACAUCGAUACCGGGUAGCUUGCAUAGGAGCGGGACGUCAAUCAUCUACUAGCGAGAAAUGUUGUGUAAAGAUGCCGAUUCAUGACAUUGGUGGCGCGUUGAUAGCAGAAGCCAACGUCUUGUCUAGACAGUGUUUAUCAC